GUAAUAAUUUUAAUGGUUAAUACAUUUUUAAUAUAUAAAGAUUAAGGUUAAGAGGAUAAUUAGUGAAACAUAAUCAUGUGUCACGAGUUUUCUAUGAAGCUAGGACACCAGAAACAAGUCACUGCGAUAGACUUGUCGACACCGGUAAUAAUUUAAAAAAAUAAAUUAAUUAAAUUUAAUCAUAAGUGUUGGUUUCUGACAUGGACACACAUUUUUUUUAGAGGUGUCAGUGCUACAGGGCGAGUUACUAAUCUCAACACAAUUAUACUCCUGCUCAAACUAUAAGUCGAUUUGGUCGUCUUAGACAAAUUAAGAAAUAUUGUUAACUUGAAAGAGAAGUUAUACAAAAUUAUUAGACAUGAAAAAGAUAAAUUAAAUGAGUUGAAAAAUGUUACUAAUCAUGACCCUUUUUUUCCUUUAUCAUGUCAAAUAUUAGUUAUAACUCAUUUCCAAUUUUCUCUCCUUUGUGAGAUGAUGGUAUGAGAAUAGAGUGUUGGCUGUUUUUACAGCCGUGGCAAGAAUAGAGAGCCUACAUCUGAGGGAUGAUGAAGAAGUUUUGACGUACCAAGCUCAUAAGAACCUUAUGCAGACCCUAGCCUUUGCUUGGUAGAGUUAUGGACCAAGUCCCUUGGUCCUUUGAUUGCUACUUAUUAUUGCCGAGUCUCAUUGGUCCUGAAGAUGUGCCUACAAGAUCCCUAUAUACCAUGUGAUGUUUCGAAAUCAAAUCCAUGAUCUACUAGUGGGAUUUAUGUCCAAAUAAGUAGUGAAGCAUUUGGAAACUACAUAGAUAAGUUUGUUGAGCAUGAUGCUAUGAAUACUUCUAGCUUUACGGGAAGAUGAUUUUUGAAGAUAAUGGGGAAUUGAAGGUGGUGAGAUUCAAGUAUGAAAGAUUGACCCUUUUUUGCUCCAUCUGUUGCCAUAGCUCUGUCUAGUCUUUCUUCCACAAUUGAGUCCAUCUCAGGCUAAGAGACCAAGCGUGCCCCUGCAAAGGAAUAUCUACAAGCCCACAAUCAGCCAUAUCUUCCUAAAAACCACUAUGCAACCACUUAAGAUGGGUAGUAGGUCUCUUAUAAUCAUGCUAAAGUAAAUCAUUAAAAUCUCCUAAUAUGCACCAUGGAAGUGAUGAUUAGGAUGCCAAGAAAUCUAGGAUGCUCCAAGGAUUUUUUUUCUCUGUCUAUGGUUAAGAAUACCAUAGAAACCCGUUAAGUGCCCCGGCUGAGCAUUUGCAUCAUCUUUCACAUAAACGCUCUUGUUUCCAAAUCAAAGCUGAUGGAGUUUGUGGAAGAAGGGAAACCAGUUGUUAUGGGAGGACAUCCGGUUGAGCGAGUGGUACAUGAGACGGAGAAGCCACUUAGCCCCUAGCAGGCUGCUAACAGACAGCGGAAUGGUGAUUUUUAAACUCAGCUGCAGCAGCAGCCUUAGGUGGUCGUGGUUGCUCUAGUGUAUGGUUAUGUUAAAUGCAACCUUGAUGUAGCUAUUUUUAAAGACCGGGACGGAGCACAGGUGUCAAGCUGUGCUUGCAAAAUCAUGAGGACCGAGUGUUGGCAGCUGAAACAAAUAGGAAACCUCUGAAAAUGAAAGCCGUGGAAGGGGAAGCUUGGGGUCUCUUUCAAGCAAUUCAAUGAAUUAUUUCUCUGGGCCAUGCACUUGCAACUCUUUACAUGGAUUGUAGUUCAUGAUAUGCUCAAGACUAAAUCUAUUCACACAGAAUACAGAUAGUAGUGCUUACAAUUGUACAACAACUAUCAAAUUGUUUUUUCUAGACGUGAAACAGAACUCAUUGAAGAAAUUGUUGCUGAAGUAUGGAAAAGGUUACAACCUAAAUUGCCACAGUAUGAUGAUGAAUUGGUUGGAAUUGAUUCGAGGAUAAACACCAUGUGUUCACUUUUAAGGACAGAGUCUCAGGAAAUUCGCUUUGCGGGGAUAUGGGGCAUGGGUGGCAUAGGAAAGACAACUCUAGCCAAACUUGUGUAUAAGAAAAUCCAUAACCAAUUUGAUUUCAGUUGCUUUCUUGAGAAUAUUAGAGAGGUUUCUAGCGAAAGAGAUGGUCUGCUUUGCUUACAAAGAAAAUUGCUUUCAAAUCUAAAAAUAAGCAGCUUGAGAAUUGAAAGUUUGGACCAAGGAAAGGAGACAAUACGGAAUCUUUUAUUCAACAAAAAAGUUCUCCUUGUCCUUGAUGACCUAAGUUCUGAUAUCCAACUAGAGAAUUUAGCUGGAAAGCAAGAAUGGUUUGGUCCUAGAAGCAGGGUAAUAAUAACAACUAGAGACAGGCAUCUCCUAGUAUCACUAGGCGUGUGUGAAACUUAUGAUGCUCAAAUCUUAAACAGAGAUGAAUCCCUUCAACUUUUUUGUCAAAAAGCUUUUAGAAGAGCAAAACCUAAAGAAGAUUUCAUUGAGUUAUCAAAACGGGUGGUUCAAUAUGCCGGAGGUAUUCCUUUGGCACUCAAAGUGUUGGGUUCAUUCCUUUGUGGACGAAGGGCAUCUGUAUGGGAAGAUGCGUUGAAAAUAUUGCAGCAGGAUCUGCAAAAUGAUGUUUACAAGACAUUAAGAAUAAGUUACGAUGGAUUGCGGGAUAUGGAAAAGGCAAUAUUCUUAGAUAUUGCUUGUUUUUUCAAAGGGAAGCCCAAGGAUCAUGUAACACAAAUAUUGAAAAAAUGUGGUCUUAAUCCAUUGAUAGCUAUAGAUGUUCUUAUUGAAAAAUCAUUGAUAACUGAUGAUGGGUGGCAUUUGGGGAUGCACGAUUUGCUGCAAGAAAUGAGUAGAAAUAUUGUUCUGCAUGAAUCUCUUAAUGAUGCCAGUAAGCGGAGUAGGUUGUGGUCUGUCAAGGACAUUGAUCAAGUAUUGAGAAGUAAUAAGGGAACUGAAUCCACUCAAGCUGUAGUUCUAAGUCUUCCUGAAGCAUUCGAAGCAAGUUGGAACCCUGAAGCUUUUGCAAAGAUGGGUAAUCUUAGAUUGCUCAUGAUACUAAAUAAAUUGCAACUUCCACUUGGUCUCAAAUGUCUUCCCAGUGGGUUAAAAGUGCUUGUGUGGAGGGAAUAUCCUCUCGAGUCAUUGCCAGUUGGAGACCAGUCGAAUGAACUUGUUGACCUUGAUAUGUGUCAUAGCAAAAUAAAGCACCUUUGGAGAGGAAUGAAGCUUCUGGAAAAUUUGAAGACCAUUAAUUUGAGAAAUUCCAAAAAUCUACAUCAAACUCCAGAUUUCACUGGAAUUCCAAAUCUUGAAAAAUUGGAUCUUGAAGGCUGCAUAAACCUGGUUGAGGUUCAUGCUUCUCUUGGACUUCUUAAAAAGCUUUCAUAUGUGACAUUAGAAGAUUGCAAAAAUCUUAAAAGCCUUCCGGGAAAAUUGGAAAUGAAUUCUUUGAAGCUUCUCAUUCUAUCAGGCUGCACAGCAGUUAGAAAGCUUCCUGAUUUUGGGGAAAGCAUGACAAAUCUAUCCAUACUUGCUUUGGAUGAGAUUUCCAUAGCUGAACUACCUCCAACUAUUGGUUACUUGACAGGUCUUCAUAGCUUGGUUUUACGGGAAUGUAAAAAUAUUGUUUCCCUUCCAAAUACCUUUUCUAAGUUGAAAUCUCUCAAAAGGCUCAACCUAUCUGGUUGCUCAAAAUUUUCCAAGCUUCCUGAUAAUUUGCAUGAAAAUGAGGCUUUGGAGUGUCUUAAUGUGAGUGACAGUGCUAUAAGAGAAGUUCCUCCAUCCAUUGUCCAUUUGAAAAAUCUUGUAUUACUUUUAUUUUAUGGAUGCAAAGGAAUUGCAUGGACCUCAGAGAGCUCCCGCCUCCCUUUGGGUAAGUUUUUCAGGUUUGGUACUCAUACAAUGCCCAAGAAAUUGAUCUUACCUUCUUUUUCUGGUUUAUCCUCAUUGAAGAAACUAGAUUUAAGCUAUUGCAAUCUCUAUGAUGAAUCAAUUCCGGAUGAUCUUGGCUGUUUAUCAUCAUUGGUAACAUUAGAUUUAAGUGGGAACAAUUUUGUGAACCUUCGUGAUGGCUGCAUAUCUAAACUAUCAAAGCUAGAAAGACUUGAGUUGAAGAGUUGCCAAAACCUGCAAUCAUUGCCUAAGUUACCACCAAAUGUACAUUUUGUAAAUGCAAGUGAUUGUGGUUCAAUGGAACCCUUAUCAAAUCCACAAGAGAUAUGGGGUCACUUGGCAUCAUUUGCCUUUGACAAGUUGCAAGAUGCAAGUCCAAUUAAAACUUUAAUGGUAAGUCCUGGAAACGAAAUUCCGUCAACAUUUUUCUAUCAAAAUUAUUUUGAUCGGGACAUACAAUAUUUAAAAGAUAACUACAUAUGGGCUGAUUCUACUGUGUCAAUAUCAACGGAUAUAGCUCAGUUUCGUCAACGGUAUGAUAGAAGUGAGUGGUGGGGAAUGUUAGUCUGUCUUGUCGUAGAAGAUGUGGCUUCUUCUACACCUUCCCAGGACUAUCGUGUCGGUUGGAUUUCAAAAGUUCCUGCCACUACAAAUAAUAUUUUGGGUCAGCUAUGUCAAAAGUUGUUGGAGCAUGGUUUCAUUUCUGGGGUACCAAAUUCCAAGCACCCUCAUCUAUUGGUUUUGUAUAUUCCUGUUCCUUCAUCCCGUUGGUGUUAUGUUCAAGACAAGUUUCAGUUAAUAUUUUUCAGCUCUAGUCUUAAGAGUAAGUUAGUUAUAAAGAAAUGUGGGUGGCGUGUAUUAUGUAAGGAAGAUGCACAACUCAUGCGCAAAAGUCUGCCUGAAUGCAGUACUUCUUCUGCCAACCAAUGUGUCUCACGAGAAAAUUGCUUAUCUUCUUCUCCUUUAACAUCUUGGAGAUGGAUAAGCCAUCUCAAGGUUCCCCGAUGUUUCAAGACUUUCCUGUUGGCAGUCCUAUGUGAACGCUUGCCUACUAUUGCAAAGUGCAGGUUCUGUACCAUGGAAGCGACUCCUACUAUCCAUGUUUUAAGAGACUGUAGGCGAGCUUGUGCAAUUUGGGUUCAAAUGGUUCCUCCUCAAGUGUGUGAAGAGUUUUUUUCAAUUUCUCUUCAUGAUUGGAUGCAUAGGUUCCUUCGGAAGUCCUGGUUGCCAAAUAACUGUGAAGACUAUGAUGCUGACUGCUUGAGGUUUUCAGUCACCACUUUUCUUCUCUGGAAGGAUGGAAAUAAUUCCAUCCCUGAGGGAGAUUCUCUAACAGAUAAUGGUUUGUAUUCUAUGAUCAAGUCUCUAGUACAAGAACACACCUCACCUACCAGGCAUUUUGUUAAGUUGAAUGUGGACAGUUGUUGCAUGGAAAAUCCUAGAAAUGCUGGUUAUGGGGGUCUCUUUCGUGAUGUGGAGGGGAAUUGGCUUGGUGGGUUCUAUGGCUCUCUGGGCUUUGCAACUAACAUGAAAGCUGAGCUUUAUGCCAUUUGUCAAGGUUUGAUCACUGCUUGGGAUUUGGGUUACAAAAAUAUGUUAGUUGAAACUGAUUCUUUGGAAGCUAUCAAUCACAUUGAAGAGGCCAAUAUUGAACACGAUGCCUAUCGUAGCUUGGUGGCUGACAUACGCUCCCUCAUGAAAAGAAAUUGGUCCCUAAAUUUGGUCCAUUCUCUCAGAGAAGAUAAUGCUUGUGCAGAUAUUUUAUCGAGACUUGGAGCUGAGCAGCACGAGGUCUAUUGCUUCCAUGCUUAUCCACCACAACAGCUUCAGCGGGCAUUGAUUGCCGAUGCCCUCCGUGUUCAACUUCCUUCCAUGUAGUUCUUUGUUAUUUCAUUUUCCUUUGCCAAGUUCUUUGUUAUUUCAUUUUCCUUUUCUGCUUGACAAAAAAAUGUUUCAAGGAUGGUGAUUUUGACAAAAAAAUGUUUCAAGGAUGGUGAUUUUUUAUUUGGAGAAAAAAAUAAAUGAAUGAAAAUAAUAAUAAAUGGCCCAUGCAGGUCUCGAACCUGCGACCUUCGCGUUAUUAGCACGACGCUCUAACCAACUGAGCUAAUGGGCCAGUUGUUAGAGUUGUCACAAAUUAACAUUAUAUUACCAAUUUAAUUGAGAUUGCCAUGUUUGCAGGGCAAGUGUGGUGUUCCAUUUAGUUGAGAUUGAUUGGGGAAUUGCUGUUGAUUAUCAUGUUGAAUAGGUCUCAUAACUUUUUGUACAGUCAAAUAUAGAUUUCAAAUUUUUGAAUGCUAAUGGAGUAUUUUGUCAAUUCUGUUGCUUGGAUUGUUGUUUUACGAGAUAUUGUAUCAUUGGUUUUUGUGGAGGUUUGUCUUUACUGAUGCACUGGUCAGGCUGGUGCAGAUGACCUUGAAAUGGAUGGGAUGGAACUUGAUAUAUCUGCUGCUGGCUACAAUCAUGGAGUUGCCGGCUUGCACAUUUGAGCUGCUGAUUAUACUAUCCAACUUGGUUGGUCUGCUUCAGACUCACAAUUACCAAGAUCUUAUUUUCUCUCAAAUUCCUAACGAUUUCACAUCUACAUGCUGCAAUGACUGAAGAUAUUGUUUUGGAUACAUUAUUUGUCCUUUUCAUUAGCAAGUAGUAAAGAAAACAUGAAAUUUUGUGUACACUGCAUUUAUUUUGUCAGAAAUCUCUACAUUGAAAUGUAUAAAGGAUGUUUUGGUUAAAUUUGUAAUGUAUCAGUCAGUAUCAGAGUUCAUUACCUUGCAGUGGUGUAAUACAUAACAACUGUUGUCACAUGUUCCUCAGUUUGUUAUACUUAUCUCAAAAUUAUGGGUGGAUUUUGUAUUUGAUAAUGCAUAUUCUUUAGCUUAA